GACUCUGAAUCUCUGGACAGUUGUAUCCAGAACACCCUCUCAGCCCUCUACCCUCCCUUUGAUGCCACAGCCUCCACGGUGCUGUGUCAGGUAUUUGAUGUGGUGGAGACCAGCUACAGAGGAGACGGAUUAAGAUACCUUAUUGACUUCCUGGUCCCUGCCAAACACAUCCUGCAGACCAUCCAGCAACAUGCCUGUUUCCCGUACUGCGGCCUGUUAUUCCGGCACCAGGGCUGGCCUCUGUGUCUCCACGACAAGGUGAUCAUCCAGCUCUCUCCUCUGGACCCACGUGUCCUCCGCCCCGGGGACUUCUACCUACAGGUGGCAUCGCCCUCUGUCUCCCCCAGCUCUUCCUCCACCAACACCCCCAACUCCUCCUCCACCAACACCCCCGGCUCCUCCUCCACCAACACCCCCGGCUCCUCCUCCACCAACACCCCCAGCCCACCCUGUCUCAUCCUGCGCUGUCUGGCCCCCAGUGGGCAGCAUGUAGAGGAGGUAAAGUUACCAGAGCUAGCCUACACCUCCCUGUUCACCAUGGCCUGGCUCCACUCAGUCAACAGGGAACGGAGUGGAGCAGGAACGGAGACAAGGUCUGGGACAGGGUCUGGGACAGGGUCUGGGACAGGGUCGGGGACAGGGUCGGGGACAGGGUCAGGGACAGGGUCUGGGACAGGGCCUGGGACAGGGUCUGGGACAGGGUCUGAGACAGGGUCGGGGACAGGGUCUGAGACAGGGUCUGGGACAGGGUCUGGGACAGGGUCAGGGUUGGGGACAGGGUCGGGGACAGGGUCGGGGAGGACACUGUCCUACUGCCUCCUUUCUGCAGAGAACGACAUCUUCAGAGUACCCUGGGAGGAUGUAGUACACCCUCAGUUCAUUAACAGACCCACGGCCAUGGUGGCUGCACCUAUCAGAGUCCCUACCAAGGGAGAAGGGGACGGGGGGAGGGAACAGGACGUCUUCAAGCCUUCGGAUAGGGCCAGACGCAUUUUGAUUGACACAUCCAAGGCCCAAUGUGGAGAGAGUACGGAGGUGAAGCUCCUGCCACGGUUGAGACAGCCUAUCGAGACCAGGGACGAUGGGAAAGCAGCAGGAGAAGACGCUGAGGGAGAGUAUGUUGAACUGGAAGAGAUCUCUCUACCGCGCUUCUCUCCUCAGAAAGGAUCCUUAACACAGUCUGUUAGUCUGAACUACAGGAACCUGCGUAAACCCUGGACUACAGCCCGACACCCCCCCAAAGCAACCCCCUCCCAGCCCGUUCAUGCCCCGGUGAAAAGCAGCACUUUCUCCCAGUCCAUGGUGUGUUCCAGACUCAUCGAGGAAUACCUGAACAACGACGUGUUUUCCCCUGUCAUCCUCACCCCAACGGCCCCCACCUCCCCAACGGCCCCCACCUCCCCAACGGCCCCCACGGGCCCCAUGGCCCCCACGGGCCCCAUGGCCCCCACCUCCCCAUGGCCCCCACCUCCCCUACGGCCCCCACCUCCCCAACGGCCCCCACCUCCCCCACGGCCCCCACCUCCCCCAUGGCCCCCCACCUCCCCCAUGGCCCCCACCUCCCCAACGGCCCCCACCCCCCCAUGGCCCCCACCUCCCCAACGGCCCCCACCUCCCUUACGGCCCCCUCGGGCCCCAUGGCCCCCACCUCCCCUACGGCCCCCACCUCCCCUAUGGCCCCCACGGCCCCCAUGGCCCCCACCUCCCCACGGCCCCCACCUCCCCUACGGCCCCCACCUCCCCUACGGCCCCCACCUCCCCAACGGCCCCCACCUCCCCAACGGCCCCCACGGGCCCCAUGGCCCCCACCUCCCCUACGGCCCCCACGGGCCCCACCUCCCCAACGGCCCCCACCUCCCCUACGGCCCCCACGGGCCCCAUGGCCCCCACCUCCCCUACGGCCCCCAUGGCCCCCACCUCCCCUACGGUCCCCACCUCCCCUACGACCAGAGAGGGGGUCAGCGGUGAGGGGACAGCGUCGGACCGUACAGAAGGUAACGCUGCUCGUCUCCAGAGGCUAACACAACGUGUCUCUGAGCGUGUGUCUGAGUCUCACUGGUCAG